GAUGGAUGCGGAGCAGUCUGGAUUGCCCUUCCUGAUCAUUGAAACGAGCACAAUCCAACCCUACCAGCGGGGCUUUUACUGCGAUGAUGACAGUAUCAAGUACCCUCUGAAAACGAUGGAGACGAUCAACGAUGCGGUGCUGUGUGCUGCGGGCAUCCUCAUUACCAUCCUCGCUAUUAUAACGGGAGAGCUCUACCGGAUCCACUACUUGAAGGAGAAGUCACGAUCCUUCAUCCGGAACCCGUACGUGGCAGCGCUGUACAAGCAAGUGGGCUGUUUUGUUUUUGGUUGUGCCAUCAGCCAGUCCUUCACAGACAUUGCCAAAGUGUCCGUCGGGCGCUUGCGACCUCAUUUCCUGGACGUUUGCAAUCUCGAUUUCUCGACGAUCAACUGCACUAAGGGAGUUUACAUUCAGAACUACACCUGUAGGGGAAGUGACAGCAAAGUCCAGGAAGCCAGGAAGUCCUUCUUCUCCGGGCACGCGUCGUUCUCCCUCUACACCAUGCUUUAUUUGGUGUUUUAUCUGCAGGCCAGAUUCACGUGGAAGGGAGCCCGCCUGCUUCGCCCCCUCCUCCAGUUCACGCUCAUCAUGAUGGCGUUUUACACGGGACUGUCCCGCGUGUCCGACCACAAGCACCACCCCACCGACGUGCUGGCGGGGUUUGCACAGGGAGCCCUGGUGGCUUACUGCGUGGUGUUUUACGUCUCAGAUCUCUUCAAACCCAAGGCAAAGACUUGCCUGCCUCCACCUCCCAUCCGGAAGGAGAUCCUUUCGCCUGUGGACAUCAUUGAACGGAAUAACCAUCACAACAUGGUGUAGACCUUUGAAAAUAUCCAAGUUGUUUUUUAUUUUAUUUUAUUUUUUUUGCAAAAAUGACUGCUGACAGCAACUACCUGCUGCUCUCAAAUCUCAUCAGACAGUAGAAUGUAGGGAGAGACUUUUUUGCCCGACCGGUAAAGUCUUACUCUGUGGUCUUUUCAACUUGUGACAUUUGGAUGAAAGGGGGGUUGUUCAACUAAGUCAAAAGCAACAGUGAGAAACAAAAAACAAAGCAAAAAAAAAAAACCAAGAGAGGUGCCGGAGUUCUGGAUGUGCAAUUGGUUUGAGUGUUCAUGUUGUAGUGAACGCCGAAUUGUUCAUAGCGUAAUGAACACUAAACGAUUUUGUAAAGCUGGCCAUCUUAGGUUUUUUACUAUGAAGAUUUCCAGUGCCUGUGUGAAAAAAACAACAAAAAACCCAACUCACAGCUGAAUUACAUAGCACUAUAUGCAA